AUGUACCAACAAGUACUAACAGGCUAUAAAAAGGCUCUCGAUCCAGAUUAUACAUCGACACUAAAUACAGUUAAUAAUCUUAGUCUUCUCUACUCUGGUCAAAAAAAACUUAAAGAAGCAAAAGAGAUAUACCAGCGAGUACUAAUAGACUAUGAGAAGGCCCUCGAUCCUAAUCAUACGUCCACUCUGAAUACAAAGCUACAAAAGACAGAAGAGAUAUACCAACGAGCACUCGCAAACUAUAAAAAGGCCCUCAAUCCUAAUCAUACGUCCACUCUAAAUACAGUCAAUAAUCUUAGUCUUCUCUACUCCGAUCAAGAAAAGCUUAAAGAAGCAGAAGAGAUAUACCAACAAGUACUCACAAGCUAUAAAAAAGCCCUUGGUCUUGAUUAUACGUCCACUCUAAUAACAGUCAACAACCUUAGCAAUCUCUACUCCAAUCAAAAGAAACUCAAAAAGGCAGAAGAGAUAUACCAACGAGCACUGACAGACUAUAAGAAAGCCCUCGAUCCUAAUCAUACGUCUACUCUAAAUAUAGUCAAUAAUCUUAGUCUUCUCUACUAUAAUCAAGACAAACUCAAAAAGGCAAAAGAGAUAUACCAGCAAGCACUAACAAACUAUAAGAAAGCCCUCAAUCCAGAUCAUACGUCCACUCUAAUAACAGCCAACAACCUUGACAAUCUCUAUAGAGACCAAAACAAGCUAAAAAAGGCAGAAAAGAUAUACCAGCGAGCACUAACAAACUAUAAAAAGGCCCUCAAUCCUAAUCAUACGUCCACUCUAAACACAGUCGACAACCUUAGUCUUCUCUACUAUAAUCAAGACAAUCUAAAAAAGACAAAAAAGAUAUACCAACAAACACUAGCAGAUUAUCAGAAAACACUUAAUCCUAAUCAUACAUCCACUCUAAAUACAAUUGACAACCUUAGUCUUCUCUACUAUAAUCAAAAUAAUCUAAAAGAAACAGAAGAGAUAUACCAGCGAGUAUUAACAAGCUAUAAAAAGACCCUCAAUCCUAAUCAUACAUCCACUCUGGAUAUAAUUAGCAACCUUGGGAGUCUCUACUUCGAUCAAGAGAAGCUCAAAAAGACAAAAGAAAUAUACCAGCGAGCACUAACAGACUAUCAUAAAACCCUCAGUCCAGAUCAUACAUCCACUCUAGAUACAGUCAACAGCCUUAGUCUUCUCUACUCCGAUCAAAAGAAGCUAAAAGAAACAAAAGAGAUGUACCAGCGAGCACUAACAGACUAUCAUAAAACCCUCAGUCCAGAUCAUACAUCCACUCUAGAUACAGUCAACAGCCUUAGUCUUCUCUACUCCGAUCAAAAGAAGCUAAAAGAAACAAAAGAGAUGUACCAGCGAGCACUAACAAACUAUGAGAAGGCCCUCGAUCCUAAUCAUACGUCCACUCUAAAUACAAUCAAUAAUCUUAACAAUCUCUACUAUAAUCAAGACAAGCUUAAAGAGACAAAAGAGAUAUACCAACAAGCACUCGCAGACUAUAAGAAAGCCCUCGAUCCUAAUCAUACGUCCACUCUAAACACAAUCGACAACCUUAGUCUUCUCUACUAUAAUCAAGACAAUCUAAAAGAGACAAAAGAGAUAUACCAACGAGCACUAGCAAGCUAUAAGAAGACCCUCAAUCCUAAUCAUACGUCUACUCUAAAUACAAUUAAUAAUCUUAGUCUUCUCUACUAUAAUCAAAACAAGCUUAAAGAGGCAGAAGAGAUAUAUCAACAAACACUAAAGACACUUAAUCCUGAUUAUACGUCCACUCUAAAUACAGUCGACAACCUUAGCAGCCUUUACUAUAAUCAAGACAAACUAAAAAAGGCAAAGAAAACGUACUAA